AUGAACCCGGGUGUCAACCCGGGUACAACGGAUUUUAAAUCAGAAAAAAAUAAAACACUAGUAGUAUAUGUAGCUAAGCAAAAAAUCUUUCAAAUUACUGAUUUGUAUCCUGAACUAGUUGGAUUGGACUGCUUAAGUAAAUUUUUAAUAUGA